AUUAUAUUCAUCCUAAAAUGCAACAGUUGCUAUCUCAAUUAUGGUAAGCUUACCACAGAGGAAGAUCUAUGUAGCAAUAAUUUCGGAAGAGCGUUUUAUAAUAGUGUUUCACUUCAAUUUUGUUACUAUAUCCAUUAAGAUGUCCGAUAAAAGGUAUAGUAAACCGUAGCCAUUGACACUAUUCACAUAAAUACAAAUACAAACAAUAAGUCGUUACGGAAGUUCUUGAUUCUCUAUCAACUAUCACCCCCUUUGAAUUUCUUUGCUGAGCUCAUGGACAUGAGCCACUCGUUUGUGUCAAAUGCUUAUCUUACUUCCUCAAUGACAGACUAUAUAGGAUGUUUACAGAGCUAAAACAAUGGCAAGAAAAAAAAAAGAUGGCUCUCCUAUUCUAUUUGUUCUUAAUUUUUCAGGUUUGCUCAAAGCUUGCUUUCGCUCAUUCUGCUGUCAAGUUUCUUCCUGGAUUUGAGGGGCCUCUCCCUUUUGAACUUGAAACCGGGUAUGUCGGUGUGGAUGAUUCAGAGGACGUUCAACUCUUCUACUACUUUGUAAAGUCGGAGAGAAAUCCCGCGGAGGACCCUCUUCUGCUUUGGUUGACUGGUGGACCUGGCUGCUCUGCCUUUUCAGGUCUUGUUUUUGAAAUUGGUCCAUUGAAUUUCAAGGCUGACGUGGAGUACAAUGGAAGCUUGCCUACGUUGGUAUCGAAUCCAUACUCAUGGACAAAGGUGUCCAACGUCAUAUUUAUAGAUUCACCAGUUGGCACGGGAUUCUCCUAUGCAACAAACAAUCUUGCUGCACGGACAGGUGAUUUCAAACAAGUUCACCAUCUCCAUCAAUUUCUUCGGAAGGUACACCCACAUCUUUUAAGCAAUUCUGACCAGGUUCCAAAAAAAAAAUCUCUUGGACUGUUUUAUUAUUUAUCUGAAGCAAAAUUUUCCAUUUUGAAGUGGCUGAUGGAUCAUCCAGACUUCAUUUCGAGUCCAGUAUAUGUCAGUGGGGACUCGUAUUCUGGCAUUCCAAUCCCAGUCCUUGCUCAAGAGAUUUCAUACGGAAAUGAAGAAGGCAUCAGACCGUUGAUUAACCUACAGGGAUACAUACUGGGGAACCCCCUAACAGUGCCAAAUCUCGAAGCCAACCUCAAGAUUCCAUAUGCCCAUGGAAUGGGAUUAAUUUCUGAUGAACUCUUUGAGGCAUUGAAAAGAAAUUGUGGGGGAGAUUAUCAAAAUCUAGAUCCCAUUAACGAGGAGUGCCAGAAAGAUGUUCAAUAUUUCUCCAACUGUAUUUCAGGACUUCAAAUUGCCCAGAUUUUGGAACCUAUCUGCGGUUUCGCUUCCCCGACGCCACAAGUGAUUGGUAGAAGGCGUUAUCUAGAUGAACACCAUGAUCAAGAACUCCUUGAUGAUGAACCACCAACGCUUCCUCCAAUUGGCUGUCGUGCUUAUUCAUACUUGCUCUCUAAUUAUUGGGCCAAUGAUGAUAAUGUCCGAAAAGCACUCCACAUUAGAAAGGGAAGCAUAGGAGAAUGGCAGCGGUGCAAUUAUGGAAUAACUUAUAACGCUGAUGUUCCAAGCAGCUUUCAGUAUCAUGCAAACCUCAGCACCAGAGGAUACCGUGCUUUAAUAUACAGUGGCGACCAUGACCUGCUCGUGCCCUUCUUGGCAACUCAAGCAUGGAUAAGAUCGCUAAACUAUCCAAUUGUUGAUGAUUGGCGACCAUGGAUGCUGCAGGGCCAAGUUGCAGGAUAUACAAGGAAGUAUUCUAACAGGAUGACAUUUGCCACUGUUAAGGGCGGAGGGCACACAGCUCCCGAGUACAAGCCUGCAGAAUGUUUGGCCAUGUUUAAAAGGUGGAUCUCUGAAGAGCCUUUGUGAUAGAGACAUCAAAUCAUAGCAAAAAAUGUUGAACUAUACGAUAGUAAGGGUCUGGUUCACAGGUGCCUGUAAUAAUAUCUGAAAAUUGACAUGGAAUUGCAUGCCAAAACAAUGAAAUCUCCCAGCCAAAAGGAAGUUGUACUGUACUGAAUCGUUUGAACCAUCAUGCUAUAUAUAGAAGUAAUUUCCGGU